AUCGAUCUAAAUAAAACAAAUAAAAUUCUAAUUGAAUAAUGGAAUCAACACUUGAAUUUGUGAUCAAACAUUGUUCAACUCAAUUAGAAUUAUAUCAACGAUGUAUAGAAAAUAAUCCAAAGGAACGGUAUAAUUGUCAAAAGGAAAAAAACGAAUUAAGUAAAUGUUCCGAAGAUAAUAAUCCAUUACUAAAACAAAUUAAAGAACAAUGUAAUGAAAUAAUACAAGCAUUCGAAAAGUGUUUAAAUGAAAAUGAGACUAAUCCAGAAAAAUAUUGUAUUAGUUUAUUAAGAGAUUUAUAUGAUUGUACCGAAAACGUUGCUGCUAAAAUCAAUAAAAAAGGCAAGUGACGAUAAUUAUAGUUAAAGCUACCGGAAUGUUGGUAUACAUAUAUACAUAUAUAUAUAUAUAUAUGACACAAAGAAAUAGGAAAUAUUCGUUAUAAUCAACAAAUUCAAUCAAUUUAUUUUCUUAAAAUAUAAAAUAAGUGUAUUUAAUAUAAACAGUGAAUGCUUACCACAUUAGAAUUACUUACCUUUUGGAUUUUUAUAAAAUAAUAAAUCAAAUAUCCUAGGAUUCUCAAACUUACCUGAUCUCUCUAGCAUAUAUGCCAUUUUUUCAUAUUCACUUCGUAAAAAUAAAGCACUUAUCAUUUUCCCUGAUCCUAUUUAGCAUAAUAUGUAAUCUAUUAAAAUUUAUAUAGAUUAUAAACAUCACUUCUUAAAAUCUACCUUUGUUAUUACACACAGAUUG